AUGGCAGGCAUAACAUGGCAUUAUGUCUUCAAGUUCAUUAUCACAGGCGACGCAGCUGUCGGAAAGUCGUCUCUUCUCAUCCGUCUCACGGAUCAGAGAUUUCUGGUGAAUCCAGACCCGACACUUGGGGUUGAAUUUGGCUCGAAACUUAUAACGAUACCAGAGGAGGAUAAGAUCGUCAAGUUACAAUGCUGGGAUACCGCUGGCACUGAGUCGUUCCGGGCCAUUACACGGUCCUACUACCGCGGUGCGGCAGGCUGUUUGCUCGUCUACGAUGUAACAUCCCGGAAAAGUUUCAUGAAUGCCCGCACGUGGCUAACCGACGUCCGAGAACACGCCGACCCGCAGCUCACCUGUAUCCUCGUCGGCAACAAGGUUGAUCUGUGUGAAGAAAGCAACCCCGUGGCUGACGUCACGGCAUCCACAACCCCUCCGACCCCAAGUCCCUCAAAGCGCGGUUCUGCUGUGCCAUCUUCGAAACGCAGAGCCAGGGAAGUGACAUCUGAAGAGGCUGCACUCUGGGCUAAGGAGGAGGGCCUUCUCUUUGUAGAGGCUAGUGCCAAAUCAGGGCAGAACGUCGAGUUGGCUUUUGUGCAGGCCUCGCAGGACAUUUUGAUCAAGAUUCGCAACGGCGUUUUUGACGACGAUAGAGUAAGUUUUGAAGGUUUACAGUCAAACAAAGCUGACUCUUACGCUCUUUAG